AUGGGCUUUCGCGAUAAACGCAUAUCGAAGUCUGUUCUGCGCGCAAUUUUCCGCAGCAGAGCUCCCAAAACAGGCCUACUCGCGCGCAUCUUAGCUCUCUUCUCGGUGUUCCAGCUCACGCUUGCGAGGUACAAGGAGGACUUGUUCAACAAGCUCAGAGAGGAUGUGUGGCAGCUCGACGAGGACGAGUACCGGGAGAGCUUCCGGGAAGCAGAGAAAGGCGGAAGUCUGAAAAGUGUCGGCGACCUAGGCUACUCAGGCUCCACCUUCUUCACGACUCCUAACUCCAAAUACCUAAUCAAAUCCCUCCCGCGCCACUCCGAGCACCACUUCUUCCGCGAGACCCUCUUCCCGGCCUAUUACAGCCACAUCAGCACGCACCCCUCCUCCCUCCUCGUCCGCAUAACCGACCUCCUCUACUCCCCCUUCUGGUCCCUCGGCCGCGCCCUGCGCACCGCGCCCAGCCACCACAUCGUCAUGGAGAACAUCCUGUACGGCAAAGAAGCCGACCCGAAAGGCGACAAAUGGGAAACCUACGACCUGAAACCCACGAGCUACUUCUACCCGGAGCGGGACGUCGCGGGCGGCCGGCUCGCGAGCGAGAGCGUCAAGGAGCGGCUCGUUGAUAAGUUCGAGGAUAAGAUCCGCAUCACCGCCGAGCAGCGAGACGAACUCCUCUCCAUCCUGGACGCCGAUACGAAACUCCUAGCGCAAAACAACGCCAUAGACUACUCCCUCUUCCUGAUCCGGUACCCGGCCCCGCCACCCCGUGAUGUCGCUGCCCCGGACCCACGGCACCCGUUCCGCGAGGGCGUGGAGAGCACGGAUGGGAAGUGGGUGUACAGGAUGGUGCUGCUGGAUUUCUUCUGGGCGAAACAUACGCUCCAGGCCAAGGCUAUGACGGCGCUGAUUAGGAGUUUCAACUUCUUUGCGAGACAUGAUGAUAUGAGCAUUACGACUACGCCAGGGGAGUAUCGGGAGCGGUUCUUGGGGAUGGUGAGGGAGAUGGUGGAGGUGCGGGGGGAGGGGAGGGGGGAGUGA